AUGGACCGGAGGACUUCCUCGCCGCAUUCUCCUGCCUUUUCGGAUCAACGCGAUCGUCGCUUUGAUAGCGUCCAUAUGAUGCCGAGUUCACCUUUCACUUCGCUGGGACCGCUGCCUAUCCCUUCUCGGCCAGUCACGCACACGGCUCCGCCACCUUUGCCUCCACCAUCGCAUAUCCGCGAUCUGGAGGGGGGCUACGACGCGGCGUGGUUGUACGCCAACCCCUCUCGUGCUGCCACUAAUCUACCUCCAAUCAAUCCCAAUUCAAGUCUUUUUGGUGGUCAUCGGCGGCCUGAAGCUAUGCCCCGCGGUGAUCCAAUGGCGCUGGAUGAGUUGGAGGGUCGGCACAACAGAUUGUCGUCUCACAGCUCAGAGGCCCAGAUCAGAGUCCAGCCCCCACCUUCCAGAGAUGAAGGGUUUCCGAAUUCCAUCUCAAUCAGCUCGACAGGUCCUGUUCUGAAAGGCGAGCAGAACUUUUCGCUUCGAAGUGUCAAAGAUUCUUCGAACGCUUCCAUCGAUCUCGUCUCGUGCAUCCAGCAAUUUACCUUCUCCGGGGUCUCUGAUGCAGGCUCCACGAUCGAAAUGAGAUGGUUCAAUAGUCCCCAAGCAGAUGCUGUCUCCCCGAGGAGCAAGGCCCGAUGGCCGGAUUACAUCGAGGGCCGUAGCCCAAGCGAAGACAGCAAUACGCCUUCUGUUAUCUUCGACCAUGACAGCAUACGAGAUGGUGGCCGACGGCGAUACCAGGGGGCGACGCCCUCGAGAGAGGACAGCAUUAGUCUGCCGAGCCGCUCUCAUCGCGGGAGCUACGACCUAGGCGUCUUCUCAGACAUUGACAGUGAACUUCCUCCGGCGGAUGAUCUUGCGCGCCCACGUCAAUUCGUUCUGCGGGAGCCCACGCCACCCUAUCCCGAUGGAUCCAAGCAAGGCAUGAAGCGACGGGCGUCCUCGCCGCCACGAGAACUAAUGGGCGGACCACUACAUCUGACGACCAGCAAUGGGGACUUAUCGCAGCGGCGAACCAGUGGACAACCCUUCGCCAAUACUCUCUCAGUGAACACCAACUACUCCUCAAACCGCCGGGCUCUUUCCGCAUCAUCAUCACUGAGCAUCCGCACCUCCGGUUCAUACUCUUCUACCCUGUCCAUUGGGGGUAGCAGUAUGACCAGCCUGUCUCCGUACGAUCGGCCAUCACCUGGGGGUUUAUCCCCUUGCUCUGACCUCGACACAUACCACGAAAAAUCAAUAUUGAAUGCCAAUCCCUCUGCACCGAUGCUUCACGCAGUUCCCAGAUCCAUCCAUCCCUCAAGCACCUUGGAGCCCCCGGCCGUCGACUCAACAGGGAAAGUGUCCUUGCCGCUGAGCGUACCCAAAAUCACUCAUGGCUCAAGAAUGAGUGGUCUGUACAUUUGCGAGUGUUGUCCCAAGAAGCCAAAGAAGUUUGACAAUCCGGAUGAUCUUCGCUCUCAUGAAAUGGAAAAGCAGUACUCUUGCCAAUAUUGCAACAAUCGCUUCAAGAACAAGAACGAGGCAGAACGACAUCAGAAUUCCCUGCAUUUGCGCCGCUAUUCAUGGUCCUGUGCUGCUCUUCCAAGCUUCCAGGCUGCUUUUCAUGCUUCGUCCUCGCCGUCUUGCCAAACCAGUGCCGGCCCGUCACACGACUCGUGCGGGUAUUGCGGUAAAGAGUUCUCUAAUUUCCCACAACCAGACUGGGACCAGCGAUUUGAACACCUAACAGCCCUGCACAAGUUUGGCGAGUGCAACAAUGCGAAAAAAUUCUUCCGUGCUGAUCACUUCCGCCAGCAUUUGAAGCAUAGCCACGCAGGGAGCAGUGGCAAGUGGACCAAUAUUCUCGAAAACGCGUGCAUGAAAGAAGAACAGCCGCCUGAGCCACGAGACAAGUCCCAAAGUGUAUCUGGGCCGCAGAGGACGGGAUCCCAAUCUACCAAUAUUAUUGACGAAGUGCUGCGCGAAGAGUGA